AUGAAAGACGAUUCUGAUCCUUUUUGUCACAUCUGUAAGAGGACUGAUGAGACAAAGAACGAAUUUGAUAGUAACAAUUUGUGCAAACUGCACACAAAUCCAGGUGGUGGAUGGUUCAGCUACUCAGAUAGCUUGAAACCUGGAAGUAAGGUUCGUCUCGGGUGCUUUGGAUUACCAUACAUACAGACACUACCAGGUUUUGAACGUACGUGUGUUAGAGACACUAAUCCUGGAAACAAACUUAACUACAAAUGGUCUCCGGAUAUAUCAGAGGUACCGAAAUGCAUUUUUAAUACAGACUCUGAAUGUAGAUCUGAGGUUGUCCGUAGGGGAUCCCAGCCGUUUAAGGCAUCAUCAUUUAGCUCUGAUAACAGCCCGACAAACGGUCGCUUGUAUGCGAAGGAUGGAGCAUGGAUACCUAGAAAACAAGAGAUUGGACAGUGGCUGGAAGUAAAUCUUGGUCAUUCAAUGGAUGUGUAUGGUGUGAUGACACAAGGUAAUUACAGGAAGAAUUCCUGGGUUACUCUUUAUAAAGUGGCAUACAGGGAGGAAGACGAAUCCCCGGAAUCGAUUGUCAACAAUGAAAACGAAGAAGAAGCGGUCUUUGUUGGGAAUGUAGAUAGAAGAACAACAUCGCAACAAGUCUUUCCAGAGGCAGUGCGAGCUAGAUAUGUAAGGAUAUAUCCACAAUAUUGGUAUAUACAGAUCAGCUUAAGAUUCGGUGUAGUCGCCUGUGAGGUCCCCACUGAAGAUUUGGCAUGCCAGGUACCUCAGUUGGAGAAUAUCAUCGUCUAUAUCAACAGUAAAAGAAGUCUAGCUAGUUCCAUUGACAACCAGGAUACGAUCGUCAUUUCAUGUGAGAGCGGCUACAUCCUUGACAAUGGAGAUUCCUUUUUAUCAGGAGAAUGCAGAAAUGCAGAAAUAGUGUACAAAGGCCCUGUUGCUAGCUUUGCUUGUGUAAAACAAGCAGAUACAAGUCCAUCAACAAGUAUAGUAGUCGAAGAAGACUGUGGAAUGCCAACGAUCAACGAAUACACUAUAGUAAAUGUCAACUACCGAUAUGACUUGGACAAGUUCACUCCUUCCAACACCAAGUUCCCUUCUGGGACAAUACUGAUAACGCGGUGCUAUGAUAUCGGUAAAUAUCAACUCAUUAAUGGAGGAGAAAGAGUCUGUUCGGAUGGGAGUUGGACAGGAUUUCCGGCUACAUGUAGUAAGUUCCACUUCUGCUUCUUUUUCGUAAUUGUGUCGGCAUCAGGUUUCACGGCGUAAUACACUUUUUUUUUUAUAAGAACACAUUUU